AUGUGGCGGCUGCUGCUGGCGCUGGCCUGGCUCGGUAGGGCCCUCCCUGCAGGGGCGGUGACGGAGCAGAGCGCCGGCGGGCAGCCCCGCUCCCCCGGGGGCGGCUCCGCGCAGGGCGGCGGCGAGCCGGUGCGCUACCGAACUGCGGAGAUGGCGGACGCGAUGCUGGGCAGCGAGCUCCCCGCGCAGCAGCCCGUGGUGCUCUCGGUGGUGCCGGGGGAGGCGAGGGACGGCCAGGCGUCCGCCGUCGCCAAGGGGGCUUGCGAUGCGGCGGCCGGAGGCGAUGCGUGCGGCGCGGGGAGCAGCCCUGCGGCUCCCCUCGGCCAGGCGGGCAGCCAGGGCCGGGACCAGGCCGUGCUGGAGACGGUGCUGCCCGCGCCCGCCGAGGAGCCGAAUAGCACCGACAGCGCCAAAGCUCCCAAAGUGAACUGCGAGGAGAGAAACAUCACUGGCAUCGACCGCUUCACGCUGCAGAUCCUGAACGUGUCUCAGGACCUUAUGGAGUUCUUAAACCCAAACAGCAGCGACUGUACGUUAGUCUUGUUCUAUACGCCGUGGUGCCGCUUUUCUGCCAGUCUGGCACCUCAUUUUAAUUCUUUACCUCGAGCGUUUCCAACUCUUCGCUUCCUGGCUCUGGAUGCAUCUCAGCACAGCAGUUUAUCAACUAGAUUUGGAACUGUGGCUGUACCCAAUAUCCUCCUUUUCCAAGGUGCUAAACCUAUGGCUAGAUUUAAUCAUACAGACAGAACACUGGAAACACUAAAAGACUUCAUUUUUAAUCAAACAGGUAUAGAAGCUGAAAGCGACGUGGCUGUGACAGAGGAAGACUGGGAAGGCCCCCUGCCUAGCGUUCUGACAAAAGGCAUAGACUGGCUGCUUCUCUUUUCUUUGCUCUUUCUGGCUAGCUUCAUCAUGUAUGCUACCGUUCGAACGGAGAGUAUUCGGUGGCUGAUCCCGGGACAGGAGCAUGAGCAUCAGGAAUAAUCUGAGAUGCUGAAAUAGGGACAGAAUUUCCCGCUUGUUGGUAAAGUGGGAAUUUGUAUGAACUAGAAGUACGUAAGAAUGAACUGUUGAAUUUGUUGGUUGUAAUUUAUAACCUUGACUAAAAAUCGGCUUUAUUUAUCAACUACUGAAUCUGUAAAAAGCAAAUUUGUGGCGAUUAAUGGGGUAAGUAAACAAAUAUGAAAAAACAUGAACUAAAAAAGCAUUUGUUAAGCUGCUCUGACCGGCUUAUUUUUCAUGGACCUUAAUGUAAAUAUGUGAUUCAGUUCUACUUUGCUCUUCUGAAGAGGUCCCUGAGCUUUGUAUAUCAAAUAGGAUCUUCCCAGCCCGUGGGCCUGCGUGCGUGGCACUGCUUGGCACAGCAGCAGAGCUGCUUCUGCUCUGGUGGAAUCUGUGGGUUGUCUUUUACAGAUCCUACAGACAGAUGAACUAAAGCUUGUAAAGGGAAUCAUUCACGCUGGUGAAUGGUGAUGUUACUAAAUUGGUUUGAUUGUCAGUAAAAUGAACGGUGAAGAAAAAAAUGUUUUUAAAAAUUGUGUACUUCAAAUAAGUUAUUUCAUUGUUGAAAAUAUUUUAAUAUUGGCAGUGUGUAUACCAGCAAUAACAACAAUUCAAACGCGUGUUACACAGCGCUUGACAGGGUGACUAUUUCCCACCUUUGGUGCUGGGGUUAGGUGCUGGUUUCCUUGCUCACUGUGCUCUAUCCGUUUUGACUUAGUGGCAGUUCUUUGUAAGAUUUAGAAUAACUUCUAAAGCUCACCUCAUCUUGUGUGUGUGUGUACACACAACUUAUUUACCACGUUCCUGCAGAAUCAAAUCGCAUUCAUUGUCAUUCUUUUUUAAAUAAAUCAGGUUUUUAGUGUAACCUUUUAAGUCACUUUUUUACAGGAUUAAAGCAUGCAACUUUGGAAGUACGGAUCACCUGCCUAAAUUGGCAAAACCAGUCUUGAGAUUUAUUUAAAUUUCUACUGCCAUGUUUGCUGGUCCGCAGCUGAGACGACAUAAAGAAUUGAUAUGGGGUUUAGUUAUAAUUAGUAUGGAAUACUUUGAAUAAGGUAUGGACUGGUACGAUGUAUGUUUUUUUCAUUGUUUCACUGUAUAGCAUCUAUACAUGGUGGAGGCUUGCUAUAGUACCCUGAUAGGAGGCUUUAGAGUGCAAAUUAAGCUGAGAAGAAACAAAGACAGGCGUAAGAUUCGUUGCUGGACGAAGAGCUCAUAUCCCUGCACCAUAAUUCUUCAGGUAUUUUUCUGGCGGCCACAUCUUUCCCCUUUGGAAAACCUGUAUUUCUGUGUAUUAAAAGGAAACUGCACUGGUAAAACUUUCGUAUUGCCGAAGGUAAAGCUAGGAAGUAUUUUAUUAAUAAAGAUUGAAGAUUUUGAGC